CCCUGAUUGUUUUCUGUGUGUGUGCAUAUCUAGCGCGUGCCGCCGUCCCCCGAAAAAGCUUGUACGUUAUUAAAAUGUGCGCUGCAUGUGGGAUACAACGCUAACUCUAUAUGCAGGCGUUGUUGGUGGUUGUUCGCGUGUGGCGAAUAUGACUUCCCCAUCGGAGAACCGGCUGAAACAACUUGAAAGCAUCGAAAUUGACAUCGCUAAUGUCGUGCUACAUGCAGGGCAAGCAAUUGGUGAACUCAGCGAAGAGAAGUUGAACGAGCACAUGACCGAACACUACACCAAGCAGUUUUUUAAGACGCUGGAAAAAGUGGAGAAAUCCCUCUCUGAACAAAUCAACUACUUGUCACAGGUUGCAACUGGCCAACCUCACGAAGGAUCUAGCUACUCGGCCCAGAAGGAUGCACAGAUGGCCAUUCAUCGUCAGGAGCACCUCAAGAGUGAACUGAACGAGCUCAAGAGUAUUUGCGAAGGCUGAGAGUUUGAACUGACAAAAAGUGAAGAAAGAUUCUCAGUGAUACAGUUGAGAGUUCCCAAAGAUAACUGACCAAUUGGAAUCAUCGAUAAGGUAUCCCUGUCUCAAGACUCAUACAAAAUGAGGGGAAAGCGAAGGAGGAGCGUGAAGUCCCAGUCGGCGGAAAGCAUCCCAGGGGUGACAGAGAUUGCCGAGACCUCAUCUGAAAGUCAGCCCGACCAGGCGAUGCAAGAUCUUGGAGAUGAAGGUGGGAUGAGUCAGCUGGAAGAUGCUACUAAUCUGGAGGGUCUUGAUGGAGGUGACUACAGUGAGGAGCACGCGAAAGAAGAGCCUCAAGAAGUGACAGAUGAAGAAAGGGGUGGAUCUUCACAAGAGCAGUUGGGGGAGGAAGCGGGAAGUGAUGUCAGAGAAGGAGUCUCUGAAGAUGCAGAUGGUAGGGGUAACCGGGAGGAGGAAACAACAUCCAGUGUCGAUCUGGAGGAUGUGAGCAAGAUCAUGGAGAAGGCAGAGCUAGAGAAACUCUUUGAUCCUAAAUGGGCGCAGCUCAUCAACAAGCUGCCAGAGUUGUGUGACCCGGGACUGGUCCUCGAGGAGAACACCCACAAAGAAGGCAACACCAAGAUGCAGUACCAGGUGCCCAUGAUGCCGAUUGCCGACUGUGUGAAAGCAAGAUGGGAGGAUGUCAAUAGGGAACUGCAGGAGUCUAGCCAGAUCUCUCCGUUCCGCAAGUUGGACGACAAGAGAUACUGGAUCAGCGACACAGACUUUAAGAGGUACUGCCAGUCUUCAACCGUGGAUCGGGAAUACUGCAUUCAGGUUGAGAAGGAGCUGAUGAGGCAGGAGGCAGCGUCUCACGGUGGACCGCCUCGGCGGCGGCCGUAUGUCAAGAAGAGCAACGCCAUCCGCAACCCGUUGCUGCAGUCGUGUGAGAACGGGUUCAAGAAGUGCGACGAGUCAGCGCGGAUGGCUAUCCGGGCUACGUCCCACACGGCGUUUAUGCUGAACGCGCUACGCAACGUUCUGGAGAAGUCACCCAGCACGAGCCAGGGGGACGUGAUCAGCUUACUGGACGGCAUCCAGGGCAGUGUUGAGUCCAUCGCAGAUGCAGCGUCCCGUGUCGUUGCUCGUGCCACAGUCUCGCGUAGGGACAUCUGCAUGUCGCAGAUCCAUCGCAACGAGACGGAAUCCUUCGAAGACUUCACUACCCUUCCGAUGGACAGCAAAAACCUCUUCCAUGGGGAGUUCUACCCGACCAUGCAGGAGCACAGGAAAGUCAACGCACCGGUGAUGAAGCGCAAACUACCCCCUCAACCCUUGGACAUGGACCCGAACGCCAAGCGACCGUCGCUCAUGGAUGCCUCAUUUGCGUCCCAAAGGCCCAGCUUCGACUAUAGAGAUAAUUACGGAGGAAGGUUUAGGCCGCCUCCCAACCAGUUCCGGCCGUGGGGUGGCUCCUACAAUGAAGGAUAUAGGUCCUAUAAUUCUGGAAGGGGAAGGGGAUCACACUCAAGGGGUAAUAAAAGGUGGUAAAUAGCUUGAUUGUAACAAGACAAUGAUUGAUGAUGGUGUAGUUAAGAGACCCCUGCAAUCCAGCAUCAAUAUUGAACCUGCGUUUGAAUGAACAUGUUAUGUGUACAUUUGCAUACAUGUAGUGAAAGCUGAUUUACCCGUAUUGAGGGCAUAUUUGUGUUGGGGUUGAAAGUGUUUAGGAAACGAACAGUUAGAACUUGUGGACUACGCAUAUCCUUUGUGCGACCAAAACAAAUAUGAAUGUACUUCCGAAAUAAAAGUAAAUAAGCAGCUGGAAUGUAGCAUUUUCACAAAGUUGUAAAAAAAUCGAAAAAAAAAAUCUGUAACUGUCAUAUUAAACUUAGUUCACUUUCAUAUGAUGUUUAGUAUAUUGUGAUUUCGGUUUUAUCAAACAUCGUUGUGUGUAGGUUGAUAUUGUUUCACCCCAACAUUGUAGGUUGGGGACACAUGUUUGUUUGAGAUUUUCAGUUAUAGACCAUUGUAGAAUUAGUAAACAUUAAAAGAUGACAAAUAGAAAACUUGGAUUUGGACUCAUUUCAAUUUAUAAUUCCCAGUAUUCAGCAUAAUUUCACAGCCUGCUAAAUGUGGAAAAAUGUAUUUACAAAUAUCUACAUUACAAAAAUACUUUUACUAAACAAAACAAAAUCUGUGUAAAAGAUAUAUAAAAAUUAUCCCCAGAAAAUAGGCUACAAAAUUUACCCUUUUAGUGAAAAAUACUUGUUAGUUUGGCAAUUUUCCUAGAAACUGACUUAUUAAUAGAUUUUUUUUUUUACAAUUUACAAUCGAGUUGAGUCCAAUGACCAGUAUUUUUGACCACUGUAUCGAUUUGUGAUGAAUUGCAGUUGAAAUUUUCAGAUAUUUUUAAUACAUUUACAUUUACAUAGUAAACCAGUUUCAUCCCUUAAAUAUUUCACGGGUAGCACAACCAUAACUCUAAUAAUAUCUGUUAAUGCUCCAAUAGGCAAUGAAGGAACAAAACUUGUAUUUCCCCCAAAAAUUCAGAGCCAUGAUUACUUUGUACGAGUACAUUUUGUAAACAGUACAUGUUUCUGUCCGGAACUCUAGAAAUGCGUUAUGAAAAUAAAAAGAAUGUUUUCAGAGCAGUAUUUUA